UUGUGCAUGCUCUCCCACCCCCUUAAAUAAAAUCUUAGAAAUGAAAGAAAAGCCCAUGUAGAGAGAUAUGUCUUAAUCCCUCCUUGGGCUAGAGGAUUGGGGAUCCACCUACCCUGUCCCUUUGUGAUGCGGCGCUGUCUUGGGGGUGAGCCACAGUGGGAUAUGCCAUAGCGACUGUCUCCCUUGCUCUUCACCAAAACCUUCGGUAAAGGCUAGGGUUCUCAUGAAUGACAACAGAAUCUUCCCCACAGCAAGGGCUCUGUACCAGAGAUAGCGCCCCAAAAUAAAAUUCCCCUAGGUCUUUGAUAACCCUAGUGGAUUGCAUCAUAGGUUUAAUUCCAUGAACAGGUAAUUCCCACCUGUUUACUGUCAAGUACACGUUUAGAGGUGCCUUACUGGCUCAGUCAGAAGAGCAUGCAGCGCUUGAUCUCAAGGUCGUGAGUUUGAGCCCCACACUGGCCAUAGGGAUUACUAAAAUAACUUUACGUGUUUAUUGUUCUCCAUAGAUUCCACGUCUUCAAGCAAUCCUCAAACUUCAAAGUAUGAAUGAAUCUGAGGAUCUUGUUAAUAGUGCAGACCUGAUCCCAAAGGUCUAGGGGACCCUGGGGUUCUGCAUGUUGAGCCAAGGUCCAAGUAAAGCCCAUGCUCAUGCUUUGCAGACCACAUUUGAGUAGGAAGGUUUUUAACUAUCUCCAGAGAGUACCUGCUUGUAUUAAGUGAUAAUUCGCACUUGUGUUUGUUUUUACCGACUGCCCCACCACGGUGUUCAGGGCUUCUGAUCGGCCCAAGAUGUGGCUAUGUUGCCACCCUUGAGAUGAUGGGACUGCUCAGACUGCCAGUUUUAACUCUAAGCACUGUCUGAUACUUUUCAAUAUUGUGAAAUACUUAAUGUCUCAAGGAUGUCCAGCCCCAUUUCCACUUAGCUUCCUUGGUGGCUGGGUGCCCAGCUCAGUCCCCACUGUAUUACCCAGCACAACCAGGCGACCUGGUCAGCCCAUAAGUCGUUUUGACCCUAAUAUUCUGGAACCAGAAUCUUCUCAGAUAGACCCAGUUUGACAUCUCAGGGAGGGGAAUCUUGCAUGGCCCUUCUCUGAGCAGCCACAGAAAGUGGCACAGGGCCUUGCCUUUCCUCAGGAAAUGUGUUUUGUGGUAAACUGCACAGAAGAGAAUUUACCAUUUAAGCCAGUUUAGACGGUGCAGUUCAGUGGCCAUAAGUACCUUCACAACCGUCACCAUCCGUCUGUAGAACUUUCUCAUCUUCCCAAACUGAAACUCCAUACCCAUUAAACACUAACUGUUUGUUCCGACCCACCGCCAGUCUCCUGUCUCUGGACUUGUCCAGUCUAGGCACCUCAGCCCCGCAGUCACACAGCAUGUGUCCUCGUGUGUCUGGUCAAGGCAUACAGUUUUAAUCUUCAUCAGCAGGAGGCAUGGCCUACAUAGUUACUACUGCUGCGCUUUAACCCAUGCUGGUGGAGUCUGACUGGCCACUGACGAUGUGUCUGCUGAUGGUUGUUAAUGAACAAUUGAGGGCAGUUUAAGAAAAGCAUCAGACAGGAGAAAAAGCAUCAAAAGACUGCACUCAACAGACCCAGACAAAAUUCCUUCUGAGGACUUGGGAGAAACAGGUAAAACAAAGUUAAAUAUAUAGCGUAACCCUCACUUUUGUCAGGGAACAAAGCCCAGCGACAUAAUUUGGUGCUACAACAGAUCUUUUCUCCCUCCGUUUCCUCCCAGCGCAGCCCCAGUCCACUUGUAGCCAGACCUUGUGGGCAGAGGUAGGAAGCCGUCUGUCUCCGGUAACUGCCUCCAUUUCUCUUCUGCAUCUUUCCAUAUCUAUAGAAGGGAAAACUUGACAAUUCAGUUACUUAAUUUACUACUUUGUCAGUUAACUUACUACUUAAUCAGCCGCUUUUUAAAACGUCCAGCCUCCGCAUUCCACCCAUCACCCUCCGACAGGAAGACAGUCCCAUGGCCCUUCGUGUCAUGCAGCUGAUUCUGUGACCUUGAGGAGGUCCAUAUGUCACAAUGCGUAUUUACCAACACUAAGCAUUAGGAUUACCAGAUCCAGGCCAGCCCAAGGGCUAUCCGAUGAAUGAGACCCAGCCCUGCUCCCAGACAUGCCGGUUCCUGAACAAGAUGGCCACAUAAACAAUUAAAAGCAAGUGGUCAAGUGCUGCUGCCUCCACCAAGCAAACCAGAAUCAAGCAGAGAUCUUCCCUGGAGCCUACACCAGUUUAUUUAUUUAGGUAAUCUCCAUACCCAGCAUGGGGCUCGAACUCAGACCGACUGAUCAUGAUCGACUCAUGACUGACUGAACCAGCCAGAUGCCCCGUUGGAGAUCUUACUGCACAACGAUUAAUAAUCUACUCUACUACAAAAGGAUUUCCGGUUGCAGACGUGAGCUGGUCUACAGCUCUUGUUGUACGUGCUCUGAUGCCCCAGCAGGGAUGGACCCUGUGCGACCCAGGACGCAGUCACAGCGGUGUCUCUGACUCCCCCGAAAGAGACCCUUGAAACUCAAGAGAAGCAGAGGUCAGACGAGGCCCUGGGCAUGCGUGGAGCUGUUUUCCAGUGGAGCCUGCAUCUGACUGGGCUUGGUCUCAACAGCCACUGCGCCACCAUCAACUGUGAGACCACCACUGACUGCAGCCUACAUCCUGCUUUUCAGAGCUGUUAAGGAAUCAGAGGACAAAGUCCCCUCACGAUGUUUCUUAGUAAUGACAUCCAUCCGGAGGAAGGCGAGGCGGCGGCGGAGUCUCCCGGGUGUUCGCUGCCAGAACUGUAUGCUUCUGUCGAGGACUUUAUUAAGGAGAGCAAGAAAUCAAAUCUCCCAAACACUCACGGUAUUUCACCGAGCAAAGCACAGAAAAUGCUUAGUCAAAACCUGAAUGCCAUGUCAAUUAGUGGAACCGACGACGUGAGGGAAGAAGACCCCCAGCCUCUCUUCGUGUGCGAGGUGAUGAGAAGAGAGGGGGAGAAACCAGACUCUGCGACCGAAAUCCUGUACCGAAGCUUGUUGACACCCUCGCUCUCUCCGGUGGAGAGACUCACCAAAUCCCAGCAGAGGCUCUUCCGGCAUGGGAUUCCUCCUCCCGCACACACUUUUCCCUAUGAGAUUCUCAUCGAGCACUCCAAAUCCUCAUCACCGGUCCCUGUCCCCGUAAAGGAGAAGACUCCGGGUGCCAACACAUUAGGCAUGCUGGGCAUUUCCAGGAUCAGGCCAGAAAAUUUUGUCUUUGCAGACAGAAUUGCUAAGUACUUCUUAGUUGAUCCAGAGAAACAAUUCAUGGAUCUAAGGGAUCUGGAAUGGAGAUACUACAAGGGGCUCACGUCAUGGAAGCACCGUACUAAAGAUCCAUUCAUAGACAUAAAGUACGACAGUGAGAAGAGAUUUGUGGACAGCCAGCAGAGGCCUGGUGUCAUUUGCCCCCCUGUAGUUUGUAGGUCUUUAUUCAUUUACCCUCAAGUUGAUUAUCCCCCCAAAAAUUCAGCUUCUUCUUAAAUGAAAUAUGUUGUUUAUUAAAAUACUUUGGACAUGGGCUUUGUUUUUGAACUUAUAUGUGAAAAGUAAAGAAGCAGAUGGGACAUAGGAGCCAAGUCUAUACAAUAUUGAUGUAAAAUCCAAAAUUAAACCAUUAAUAUGGGGAACAAGAUUCAGAUUGAUCUGCUUCUAUAAGACCAACCAGGUUUGGACCCGUGAAGCCUAUUGGGACCAGAGCUGAGGCAAAUCUAGAUCAUGUGAAAAGUUAAGGACACCUCUGAAGGAGAGCCAGGCAAGAACAGCUCUUUAAAAUGUUCUACACACGUGAAGAGGUGUAUUAUCUUUUAAAAAGGUUGGUAAAUUUGACAAAGAAUGAAUCCCUGAGGAUGUAGAGAUCAGUCGGAGAACUCAAAAAUAAUAUGGUAACUGCCGAAAGACAUGAGGAAGGAAGUAACAUCUACAGAACAAGAACAGGA